CGCACCUACACUAUAGAUGCUCUAACCUACACUAGAAAUUGGCUUCAAUAAGAUAUGAGCUAGCUAGUGGCUGGCUAGUGCUACUUAGUCCGGUUUGCCGGUCGUCCUAGUCCAAAACCUAGUCCAGUGUAAAGGUAGUCUCCUCGAGCUUGAAUCAGGUGGAACAACUGGAAAACGAAGCUACGCACGGACGGAGCGACCAAGUAGACAUUAGACAACCCCACCUCUUUCCAAUUGCGUGCGAAUUGUCCCCGUCUUCGGGUGCAAUCUCCUCCUCCCACCCUCCAUGAUCGUGUGACUCGUUAACCAUGAGUUCCAUGGAAGGUGGCGGGGGCGUGGCGGCUUCGCCUCUGGAUAAUUUCCUACACUACGUCCCAAAGUCGCAUGAGGCGGCCUUGCGUCAGGCCAUCUACAAUGGUCUGGUCUUCAUUUUUCUGGCCAUCGUGCUCAUGGCCUCCUACUAUGGGCUGGUGGUCAUGAAGCCCUUCUUGUACGCCAUUUUCUGGGCGGUCCUAGCCGGAUUUGUCCUCCAUCCCUACAAGGCGUGGCUGACCCGACGGGUUCUGCUCACUUUGGAUCAAGCUCAACCCUCGGGUCUGCCGUUGUCGUUUCGAUGCGGGCUGGGUGGGGCUCGGCGACUCUUGGCUGCCUGUGAUGCCACGGGAUCCUUUAUAUUGUCCAAGCUCCCCGUGAUUGUGGCCUUGGGCUUGGCUUGGCCUUUGUUCUUGUACCUGACCAGUCUCCCAUUGUCAGCUUGGGGUGAUUCGUUUUCCACUCUUGGGGAUUGGUUGGCUUGGAUAUUUGGUUUGGCCGAGCGCAUCCCCAUUGUCUAUACCCUCAUUCUGGCCUUAGCCUAUUUGGCCGGCACUCACGCUUUGGCCGUUAAUGUGUCACCGGUGUUCGGCUUGGUGUUCUGGUCGAUGAUUGUCAGUCAGUUAGUUAACGCCCUGGGCGUUUUCCUGUCGUCUUUGAUGGCGCUAGUCCUCUUGUUGAGGUUCUUCUUCCCACCCCAAGGUGAGGAUGUGUCGGACAGCGAGCACGCCUCCGCCUCUAGUCUGUCCACGCGAGUGGGGCGGUUCCGUUCCGCGGUGCGAAGCUUCAUUCAAACCAAGCGGGAAGAGCCCGGGGAUAAAGAAUCUCCGCCGGAAGAAGACCCACCUCCCGCCACGCCCUUACCUAGCGUGGUUGAACCUACUGCUGCGGCCCCUGCCCCUGGCAGCCAGGUGAAGGUUUUACCGCAUCAAAAGGUCGACUGCCUCAAAGUGGAGACGCCCAUCUCGUCUCACCGUCCUACUCAAAAGAAGACCCGAGUGCGGGUGGGUACCGCGAGUAAAGCCAGUGAGAAUCUGUUUGAAGCUGAGAGCACGAUUUAUAUCAAGAGUGUGUUCUGGUGUUGUGUCUAUAUUCAAUUUUAUUUGCGGCCCGGACUCCUUCUCCUGUUGCCGUUACCACUCCUGAUUUAUAUUGUGAAAGAGCUGCUUAUCUACUUCGAAUUGAUGUCUCAAUUGGAAGAUCUUGUAAAGCAUGUCACGGGAAAGCUUCGGGAAUGGAUCAAAUCCAGGGAACAGCAUCUCAUUCCUCUGCCCAUUCGAACACUGUACCGAUUAUUUCUCCAAGUGGAAGACACGCUUGUGGACGCUCUCCCCAACUACAUCGACCAACUCAUCUCUGCUGGCCUCAUUGUGUUCCUAUUAGUGUCCACCGUGGGCAUCAUUGUGCUCUUCAGUUUUGAAAUCUACUCCGAAGGGGUGCACAUCUUUCACAUGAGUAGUCAAUUCCUGGGAACGUUGGGCAACUCCUCGUUGGUCCAGCAUAUUAAUGGGACCAUACUAGGGAACAGUCCCCUCAAUUUGGAAGACCUCUUUGAAAGUGGAUACUUGAGCGGACGAAAAUAUUUGUCCUCGACGAUUCGUGAUCUUAUACAAACGGGCAAUGAAACGGAAGCUGAGGAGCUCGAGCUGCAAGUCUUAGAGCUCUGGGACCGAAUGUACCAAUACUGGCAGUCCAAAGGUAGCGAAGAAAUGGGUCCCCAAGUGUCCAACGAAGCCAUCAAAUCCUCAUUCGAAGAUCUUUAUUAUGGCAUCAUGCAACAAAAAUGGAUGAGUCUGGCCACGAUCACUCAAUUUUCACGCGAAAAUAUGGGGAUCAUCACCACAGUCGUGGAGCAGACCUGGUUGAUUGUUCAGAGCAAUCUGGGUUUAACUUUGAGUGGUCUAGGAGCCGUGGCUCGGGUUCUUCUAUCCAGCGGGUCUAACCUGGUCAAUAUCCUGAUGAAUUUCAUCGUCUUUCUCUCUGCUCUCUUCUACCUUCUCGUGUACAGUGGUAAGGUUUACAUGCCUCUGGAAGUACUCUCGAACGUGGGUCACACCUUGGGAAAAGGCUUUGGAGACUCUCUCAACAACACCGUCAAUGGAGUCUUCAAGGUCACAAUCAAAAUGGCCUGCUUCUACGGUCUGUGGACGUAUUUGACCCACACGGUAUUCCACGCUAGUAUUGUCGCCAUUCCUGUGAUAGUGGCCACUUUCUUGGCGGCAGUGCCUCUAGCUGGUCAAUAUCUGGUUUCCUUCCCAGCUGCCUUGGAAUUGGUCCUAAAUGAGCGAUACCUCUCGGCCAUGGGCUUGAUUCUGUGUCAUAUCUUACCCAUGUGGGUCGUGGAUGCGGCUAUCUACUCCGAGAUUCGGCGUGUAAUCCAUCCUUGGCUCACGGGGCUUUCAAUUGUCGGAGGCGUCUACUAUUUUGGCUUUGAUGGAGCUAUCUACGGGCCUUUGAUCUUGUGCGCUGUCAUUGUCACGAUUUCGAUGUACACAAACAUCCUGCAAGAGCUGCCACGUGCUGAACGAAGAAGCUCAAUGGGCUUUCCUAUUCGGCGAUCUGAGUCAAUCUUUUAAGAUACUACACAUUAUAUAUAUUUCAUUUGUCAACUCAUAGAGUAUACGGUUGGUAUGGCACAAUGUGUGUUACACAAAAUCAAUCGAUUAACCAAAGGGACAUAAUAAAUGUUAUUAUGAGCAA